AUGGUGUUGUUCGUGCUGUACGUGCAGGCAGAGCUCGAGAACGUCGAGACACUGGCCGCCCCACCGCUGCACCGCUGGUGUCUCGACGUGAAAGAACCGCGAAGCGACGAGACGCGCGAGGCCGUUAUGGUCUCGGACGAGCACGAGGUGGACGUGGCAGGCGGUCGUGGCCACGUGCACUUUACACUCAAGUGGCCGGGCGCGUCAAAGCCGUCGCAGCUGACCGUCAUGCGCGACGUGAAGAAAUUGACGCGUGAGGUGACGGGCGCCGACUCGGGUGCGUUCGUGCCGUUUGUCGCGUUCGAGUGUCGGGGUCUGGAGGUCGCGGCGUGGCACCCCGAGAGCGGCUAUCGCGUCGUGUCGAAAGACCGCCACGCAGUUUUUGAAGACGUGGACCUGAGCGACGAUUGGGCCGACUACGACGAAGAGGGCGAGCAGUCGGUGGGUGUGUAUGGCGUCAAGUGGAAGCUUGAGGUGCACAAGUGA